AUGGAGAAAGAUGAGCAAGGAAAGGCUGAUGAAGGAACGUCUACAUCAACUCAACCUCCUCCUGACACAACAACUACAUCAACUCAACCUCCACUUACUACAACAACACAAGCUCAUGUUCUUACUUCGUUAACUAGUACAAUUCCUAUAACAACGUUGGUGUCUACACCGACUGAUACAUUUGUUACAACAUCAGUAAUGUCACCCCCAUUAAUACAAGUAAUAAUUAUUACUAUUGAAAGGGUGACCAUUCACAAUAUUGAGUCUAAUUCUGAUCGAGAGGAUGAACAAUCUAUUAUACAAUUGGCACAAAGGAAGGUUGAGAAAAAGAAAAGAAAAAAAAUUGUUCAACUUGGGAAACACUCAAAGGUGCCUGAACAAGAACAAGUAGAUCCUAUGGAUGUAGAUGAGAAAAAUCUAUCAGAGAAGAAACCAGCUAAAGGGGAGAAAGAACAAGAUGAGACUGAUGAUGAACAUGAUGAAAGACUUGUUUUAACUCCUGAGGACCAAGAAAUUUUGCUUAAGGAAAUAGCAGCUAGAGGAGGACUGAAAGAAAUAGAUUAA